AUGAAUCAAGAAAAUUUAACUUCAAUUUGCAAGAUUAAAUAUUCACUUUGUCAAAAAGAAUUUAAAACUAAUCGUGGACUUUCAAGACAUAAUAAUACUAUUCAUAAAUUAAAUGAACCAUCAAAAGAGCAAGAAAAAAUACCAGAUUUAAUUGUUACUAAGAUCAAAAAUGAUAUUGUAUAUUUUAUUCAUCGACGAUUUGGUAAGAAUUCAAAAAAUACCAGGCUUCAAGCAGUUUCUCUUACUUGUCUAGAAAGUAUAUUUCAAGUUAUUUUCAAAGGUUAUAUUCAUUGUUAUAACAAACGAACUGAAGUUUCUAAAUACAUUUUUCAUGGGUCUACUGGAUAUCAAGAAUUGUCUAAAAUUCUUAAUAAUGCUAAUUGGGAAACUAAAUAUCAUUCCCAGAAUCAAAAAACUUAUGUUCAAUUAGUAUCACACAUAAUUCAACUCAAGAAUA